AUGGAGUCAGCGCCGCUCACAUUGGCCCAUACCCACGCCCGCAACGCUGUUUUGGAGACGCGCAAGUCCAAUCCAGUCGCGGCGAGUGAGGAACACGACCUGGCUGCUGGCGAAUUUGCGACAGCUGCCCAGAACAGUUCUGAUCGCGAGGCACUACGUACUCUUCAGCUUCUCGAACAUCACCAUAAGAAGCUUGCUCAGAUACUCCGUUUCAAUCAUGAGAACCCUACCAGCACUACGUCUGUCGCGACUACUCAGCCUGGGGCCGGAGAAUCGGGGACAGCUAAGCCUUGCACCGCGCCAGAGCAGCCACAACAGCAGCCUCCCAGGUUGGUGGCUAACACUCGGUUACCAUCUAGAGAGACCUCCUCUAUUGUCAGCGACCUAGCCACCGCACGAGGAAUAAUACCUUCUCAUCCGCGCCGUGCCUCUCCCGUCUCCCCCACUGUCUCUUCCCAGCAGGCGGGAGCGAAGAUGAGCGAUGGCCCCAGCAAGGUAAAGACAAGCGAGUCGAGAUUGCGUGGCACUCAUGCUCAAAAUCAGAGGGACCAUUCCAGCCGCGUGUCUGCUUCCAAGCAAUCCUGGUCGCCUCCUGCUGCGAGCCCAACUGAUAUCACAUCGCAACAGUUUGUGUUACCAGAACAAGCCGAGCGCACCCAGCAGAAGAACAUCGCCGCGAAUUCUGAGGAACCCUUCCAGCGAUUCUACUCUACCUUCGAAGGCCUCAUUUCCAAGAUUUCCGCUCCCCUCGCAUUCGCCGGUCUCCCGCUUGGAUCAGAGGCAGCGACACAAAGUGAACCCAUCGCGCGCAAGACCCCACCAGAAACCAAGGUCGACCGAUACCAAGCAACUUCUGACCGGCUUAAGUCCUCCGAGCCCGACGUUAGCAAAAUAUUUUCCCGUGCCGCGCUGCGCGCCAUCCGCGACUCUAACGGAACGGGGAACACCGCCGAAUCCUUCUACGUCGUUCCCACAACCGGCGGCACGGUUUCGUAUGCCGGCAUCCUCACUCGAGCCGAGAGGGAAGCCCGCCGCAGCAGCCUCGACGAGGCCGAUGAAGAUUUUGUCGACGCACGCGAAACCCCGGCCUCUCCAGAACUACGCCAGAACCUGGCCGGCUCCCGCGGCCGCACGGGCCGCACCACGGACAAACUCACCAGCCUGCACAAUCCAAAGACUCUCGAGGAACUUCAGAUGGAGAACCAGGCUCUGAAGCAUUUGUCCGAUACCCUGUCUAAGCGGCUGCACAUGUGGGAAGUCAACGCGCAGUCAUCCUCCAUGGCGCUGCAGCAGUCCCUCAAAGCCAUGCAUCACCACAAUCUUCCGUCGCCCGAUUUCCAGCCCUCCGCGCAGUCCUCGGCUGUUGCAACGCCCAGCCCCGCAGCAGAUCAGGACCAACGCAUCAAGGAGCUGGAGGAGCGGGUCCGCCGCAGCGAAAAGGAGCUCGAGCGCAUGGGCCGCGAGAACGAAAAGCUGAGGGACGUCUUGGGUCGGUAUCGAGAGCGCUGGGAGAAGCUGAAGGAAGGCGCCAAGACUCGACGGGCAGAAGGGAGGGCUGGUGCAGGGUCUGCCGCCAGCGCCGCCGCGACUCCUGUCCAGCAGAGCGAAAACAACCCCCUCGAGCAAGCUGGCGGCAAAGCGAGGGCGGAUACGAGCGGCGAUACGGAGAAUGAUACGACAGAGCAGGAAAGCCGGGCUGAUACUUCGGACAGUUGA